GGAGGGAGGAAGAAAAGGGUGGCAAAGAACUGGGCAGCGGCCGGGGCUGGAGAGAAGGCUGUGGGCACCGGGCGGCAGUCUCAGGGGCCCGGCAGGGGCGCUGGAAGUGCGCGGGAAGGGGAGUGGCACCACCUACAACUGCCCCAGACGCACCUCACCCUGCGCUGCUCCUGUGUGUCCAGGGUUGGUGGCACCAUGAGGCUGGCGGGACGCGCGGCGCUGCUGGCUGCGCUGCUGCUCCUGGCACAGCUGCGCCCGGGGAGCAGCCAGUGGAACCCGAGGACGGCGGCGGCCGGGGUCCAGGACCCGAGUCUGCGCUGGAGCCCGAGGACGCGGAACCACGGUGGUGGGGCCCGCGCGCUCCUCUUGCUGCUGGCGGAGCGCUUCCCGCGCCACGCCGGACAAGGCGGUUGGGGACCCGGGAUCGCAGGCGAGCGGCCGCGACGGGACGACCCUCCACUCUCCAUUGACCUCACCUUCCACCUGCUGCGGACCCUGCUGGAACUGGCGCGGACGCAGAGUCAGCGGGAGCGCGCCGAACAGAACCGCAUCAUAUUCGACUCGGUGGGCAAGUGAUCCGCGGGGUCUGGGUCCCCGAAAACCUCGACCCCCAUCCUCUAUCCCCAAGCUGGGACAUGCGUGUGACAGGAACUGAUCCAGUUCCGCGGGGCUAGCGCGGCCUAGGGAUACCCUGAGCACUCUCCGUAUUACUAGUUUUUAAUAAAAGUGCUGAAGAGCCGUUGGCCUCUGUUGCGGGGAAGAGGGGAACCACAGCAGGGUGGGAACCCGUGGGCAAGUGGGGCCUCCCAGGCCAGCGGGAGGGAACCAGAUGCUGCCAGAAGGCUCCGCAAAAAAGGCUUUCUGCCAGGGUCCUGGGGUCUCCGUCAUCCCCCAUGUCUCCCAGGAACUCAAGCCCUGGUGGCGCUGCACCACCCCGACCCUCAUCCCUUGGCACUGGGCUGGGGAAUCCGUGCCUAAUAUGACAGAGGUGCCCAACAGGGGUUCAUUCCACUUCCGCCGCCAAAAUGGUCCCAG